AGAAAAGAAAAAAAGGAGAGAGAGGGAGAGAUUCUUGGAAGAUCCCGGGACUGUAGGCAUGGAGGGUCAUUCGAGUUUUGGCCUCGCUUGUGUUCGGUUGUGAAUUGUUAAGAACAAUGGUCACGUCAUCAUGGCACCAUACGCCAUAUAUAUCAAUGGUGAAGAUAGUUGCAGUGAUGGUGCUGGGUGUGGUGGUGGUUGACGCCGCCACGGAACUCGAAUGUAACAGUAGCUGUAGCUGUUGGGUGAAGGGCGACUUCUCGGAGGAAUAUCGUGUUAUCUGCAAUAACACCGUUGAUAAGCACGUGCGGCUAACCAAGAAGGUCUUUUCUGUGCUCCCCGCCCCCACCUUCUCCACCUACGUCCGAGUGGAGGAUGUGGAGUCCCUGAGUGUGGAUGAGGACUUUCUUGAGGAGUGGAGGUCGGAAUUCCACUCCUGCGCCUUUGACCUGUGGCGAGCAGGGAGUGUGGACUUCCCGGUGGUCACCUCUCGCCAUUUCGCUGAACCCUCGGGCUUCGAACACGUUUUCGCAGGGAUUGGCGUGAUCAGCAGCACGCUGAACCACCUUCCUUCUGGUAUCUUCCGAGGCAAGCAGGAGGCGGGGCUGAGGCUGCAGCAGAGCUCCGUGGGCGUGAUGCCCCCCGGCCUCUUCCGUGGCGUGGGUACCCUAAAGUACUUCACCCUCGAGUCCUCCCGCGUGGGUCUCUUCCAGGGACCUGCGGCGGGCGAGAACGGCAGCCUCUCACUCGGAGGACCCAAGAAGGUGGCCGUCCGUGUGCAGGACUCGGACAUAGGAUUUCUCGGCCCCGGCGCCUUCGCCUUCGACUCCUCCGAGGUCAAGGAAGUGGAGCUCACCAACGUCACCAUUGGCAGCGUGGCAGUGGGCGGGGUGGACCUCUCAGGCCACGCCCAGCUGUCCAUCAGCAACUCCACGGUGUCGGACCUGCAGUCCGGCUCGCUGGUGCUCCGCGGCAGCAAGCUGACCAUCAUCAACAGCACGGUGGCGGCCCGCCCCUCGGCGCUGCAGGCCUUCCCCUGCUCCUACUUCAACAACCACAUCGUCUCCAACCACAUCCUCGUGUCGUCGCCCGUGCCGCUGCCGCUCGAGCGGGAGAAGGUCGUGACGGACGCGAACGGAACAACGACGGCGACGCAGGACGACUUCUCGGGGCGGGACCUGGCCAGGUGGCUCCUGGAGACGGUGCUGGACCCGAGCUGCGUGCCCUACAACCUGCCCGAGUGGGCGCACUCCGAGGAGGAGGACUUCCUCACCCUCCCGCCCCUCGGGUCGCCUCAGGUGCAGGAUGUCCCUCCCAUCCUCCACCUGGGGCUUUACAGCUUCGUGGGCAUCUCCAUGGUGGCGCUGGUGAUCGUGGUGAUCCUGGCGUGCCUUCUCGUCCGGGCCAAGAGGCGCCGCCCCGGGCACGAGCGACGGACGCCGCCCAUCGCCCUGAGCCAGCUGCAGGAUCCCAUUUACGAGGACGCGCCCUUCCUGGCUCUGAGCUGCGCGCCCCCGCCCGUGCCUCCGCCCACGACGCUUCUGAGGGACAAAAAGGACUCUGGGAACACGAAGCUGAAGGGCAGUUGUGAGGGCGCCGCGGCCAAGCCCAAGGGCGCCGUAGAUAAUGACUACAUGGUCAUGAAGGCCGUUUAGGCUCGGCUGCGACGCCGGAAUCCUCGGGUCGGGAAUCCGAAGGCAUAGAGAAAAAGUAAGAUGCUUGAGAGAGAAGAGAGAAAGAGAGGGAGGGGGGGGGGGGGGAGGAAGGUGUUAUUAUUUUAUCAUAUUCCUUACUUCAAAACAAUUAAUUGGAGUUUCGUCGUAAAUAAUGCACCAACAUGAUCGCUUCUGAUUGGUCUCUCCCAAGGUCAUCACUAUCAUUAUUAUCAUCUUAUCCUUUUUGCUAUUUUUAUUAUCAUUAUUUCUAUUAUUAUUAUUAUUAUCAUCAUCAUUAUCAAUAUUCAUUAUCAUGUUGGUAUUAUUAUCAUAUCAUC